GUGAGCAGCGACCAUUAUGUUGGUCUUGAACACUUUCUUGCAAACCCAACAGAAGUGGAUCUUAACUUUCGUAGGAUGGCCGUAUGGGAUUUGUACGGGAAUUUUUGUUUCCAUAAUGUCUUACACCGUCGGGUUAGGUAGAUUCGUCGUAUAGACAAUUUCUCACGGUGCCGAGAAACUACAAUUAUUGACUCGAUGUGAGACUUCACAGUUCACCAUAAUAGUAUUGUUAUUUGUUUUUUCGUCGAGCGUCGUGUUGUUUACUCGUUUUACCUCCACGUUAUCGUGGUAAUGGUCAACGUUUCCAUCAUAGACCUGUAAAGAAAUGGACUGAUAGAGUAGAGAGAGGUCCGAAUAUCGACAUCGUUAAAAAGAGACAGAGAGAGUUGUUAGGUUUGUCAUGGAAAAAAUAAUAUCACGGAGAAAUAGUAAUAUGAUAAUACCCGAUAACGAAAUUUUUAUAUUAAAAUGUUUUAAUCAAUCUUAUUAGUUAUUAAAAUAUUGAAGUGAUAAACUUUGUAAGUUACAUAGUAUUUAGCAGUUGUUGUCUAUUGGUUUCUAUUUUCUCAGUUUUUACUCCUUUCCGCCAACGAAAACCUCAAUUUUUUUAUUAUUAGUAGUAGGUAUUAGAUGUGUGGAACAGUGGAAUAAAUUACUAUGAUAAAUUUUGUCAACGUUCAAAAGUUGUUUAAAUUAAAUAGGUACAUCGCGUUUUGUUUAACUUAAAUGAUUGAAAUGCGUCCAUGGUGGUUUUAAUGCGGUCUUAUGCCAAGUUUGUCAUAGCCAUUGCAUUGUUUACUGUUGUUGUCAUUGUGUAUUUUAAUCCGAAAGUUCCCAUUGAUGUUCAAUUGAAAGUGCAAACCUCAUAUCGUGUAGCCAACAAACCAGAAACAAAAGUUAGCAUUUGGGUGACUGUUACGAAAAUCUCGCACGGAUAUUUAUUAGCUAAGUUUCGGAAGUUUUUCAAGUCCCUGAUCGGCCGACGCGGAACGUGUCAUUCCACGUUCGAAUUGAACCUGAUAACUGACAAUGAGAGUCGGCCAACAUUGGACAAUGUGAUUUCAGAAUAUUUGAAACAGUAUGAGGAAACUCGCCUCCAGGUGAUUCACCACGAUUUCCAAGAUGUCCUGAAAACCGUACACGCCAAAAUCGAGCCAUUGAAACGAUUUUUCCAGUCAUCGAAGGGGUCUUAUUACAGCGAUGAUGUGUUCUACUUGUCGCCCGCACUCCAUCUUGUCGCUCCUGAUACUGUGGACAAAGCUGUUGUGCUGGACGUCGACACCGAGUUUCACUCGAGUGUUUGCGAUCUUCACAACAUAUUCGACAACUUUACUGAUACGGAAAUAUUCGGCUUGGCCCCAGAACUGUCUCCGGUCUACCAUCAUAUCCUAUGGAAAUGGCGCUAUUUUCAAGGCGAAAAGCGCAAACCGAAAGCAGAGCGCGGCAACAUGCAGGGUUUGAACAGCGGUGUAGUGUUGUUAAACUUGGAGCGAAUGCGUAACAACAACAGUGUCCUGUACGAUCGGCUCAUCAGUCCGCAAUGGAUCUCCACCGUUGUUCAAAAGUAUUUGUUUAAAGGUCAUUUGGGAGACCAAGACUGGUACACUUUGGUGAGUUUUGAAUACCCCGAAAUGAUCUAUCAAUUGGAGUGUGGAUGGAAUCGUCAGCUCUGCACUUGGUGGAAACAUCACGGAUACGCCGAGACGUUUGAUUCGUUUGCAAAGUGUGACGGCAAAAUAAAUUUAUAUCACGGCAACUGCAACACGCCUAUUCCGUCAAACUAAUCUUUAUAAUUCUAAAAAAACCUACAAAAUAGGCAAAAAAUGUUUUUUAUACAAUAAAUUAUCGACAAUUGUUAUAUUUUUACUGACUAUUGACUUAUGAAUAUUAUUUUAAACAAA